AUGUCAUCUCGCGGAGAAAUAAUACAGGUGCACAUUGGACAGGCCGGCGUACAAAUUGCCAAUGCAUGCUGGGAGUUAUAUUGUUUAGAUCAUGGCAUACUGCCAACGGGCUGUUUGGCCGCAUACCCAGAUGAUGCAUCGCUUCUGACUUUUUUCAGUUUUACUGGCUUCGAUCGUAAAGUAGCGCCCCGAUUAGUCAUGGUCGACACAGAGCCCACAGUUAUCGAUGAGAUAAGAACUGGCGCGUAUCGAUAUCUAUUUAAUCCCGAUAGCUUGAUAAACGGUGCCGAGGAUAGUGGCAGUAACUUUGCUCGAGGUUAUAACUUAUUGGCUACGGAAUUAUUGGACCGUUCCAUGGAAGCUAUUAGAAAAGUGGCGGCGAAUUGUCCAAAUCUUCGCGGUUUUUUGGUAUUUCGGGCUAUCGGUGGGGGCACGGGUUCUGGUCUCGCCACUCGUAUAUUGGAGAAAAUUAAAGACGACUACGGCCGUAAGAUGACUGUAAUCGAAUUUGUCGUCUUUCCGUCACCUUCAUUAUCGCCGAUUAUCGUAGAGCCGUACAAUGCUUUAUUGGCCGCACAUUUCUCAAUGGAUUAUGUCGAUGUCACCUUCAUUGUAGACAAUGAAGCCUUAUAUGAUAUAUGUGCCCAUAAAUUGGAUGUACCAUCUCCGACGUACACAAAUUUAAAUCGUAUUAUAGGACAGGUGGUCUCCUGUUUUACGGCGUCGCAACGAUUUUCUGGUUCACCUACUGUCGGCUUUCAAGAAUUUCAAACUAAUUUAGUGCCUUAUCCUCGUAUACAUUACCCCCUAUUGACUUUUGCCCCUUUGGUGCCGAUCAGUCGUUAUGCUUUUGUCGAUACCACUGUUGAACAAAUGACUGCCGAAUGUUUUUCACCCGGCAAUCAAAUGGUACGUUGUGAUCCUACUGUGGGCAAAUAUAUGUCGUGUGUUUUACUUUAUCGCGGUGAUAUCAGAAAUGCUGACGUCAAUAACGCUAUACAGAAUACGCGCAGUAACAGUCGUGCACGUUUCGUUGACUGGUCGCCGGCUGGCUUCAAAAUUGGUGUUACGGCUGUGCCGCCAAGUUUUGUACCGGGCGGUGACUUAGCACCGUCUAUUCGAGCAGUAUGUGGUAUUUUUAACCAUACCGGUAUACGUGAUGCUUGGUGUCGUUUAGUUAACAAAUUUGAUAAGCUGUACGAGAGACGAGCCUUCAUUUAUCAUUACGUAGGUGAGGGGAUGGAGGAAAGCACAUUUUUCGAUGCCACUUCGAAUAUAUGUCAGUUGAUAUCUGAUUAUCUGGAAGUCGAGUCAUCGGCGGUUGCAUCUGAGGCUAAUUAG